GGAACCGAAUAUCACAACCUUCCGGAACACCUUGGCGACCAGUAACGAUUCGACCGCCAGUACCAACCAACCCGAAUUUCGUAAACGCAUUUCCAAACUAUGAAAGCGACAGUGAUAGCGAUAGACCAAGGCCUUAUAAUGUAAUAUUUGAUAGUUCGUCCACUUCACCAGCGCUUAGUUCCUCGAGUCCCUCGCCACAAGAAACGCAAGAAAUACAAAUACCUGGAAUAAAUGAUUCACCGAUUGCAAAUAUAGAAGAAUUAGAAGAUUCGACAGGCAUUUAUCUAGAGCCAAUAAACAUAGAAUCAUCAAGCAUGGAUCAAGAUAAUCAAAUUAAUGUCAAUAAUUUAGAAGAUCAGGACGAUUAUUGUGAUGAUGAGAAUGAAACUAUUCAAGACCAAGUUGAGAAUGAUCCUUUGAAGCAAAACAUAGCCUUAUUACGCAAAGCUGUGCGACAAUUGGAAGAUGACGAGUGGCAAUUUAUACAAACUAGCAAUGAAUUUACAAAAUUCUAG